AUGCAGCAAGCUGGGCAAUCGCUUUAUGAUCCUCGGGUUCCUCACCUUAAAAAGCUGCUUCAUGGGAAUUUUUUCUUUCCUUCUGAAAAAUUCUUAGAUCCUGAAAUUUUGGAUACUUUAGUUUGCCUUGGACUUAGGACAACUCUGGGAUUUACUGGCUUGCUUGAUUGUGCUAGAUCAGUCAGCCUCUUGCAUGAUUCUAGGGACAUUGAUGCCUUCAAACAUGGUGGAGAGUUACUGAGCCUUUUAGAUACAUUAGCAUGUAAGCUCGCAAAUAAAGGAGAAUGUGAUAAUGAUGAUCAACAGGGUGGUGUGGCUCUGGGAAGUAGUAGCAUGCAGGGUGAUGCUUUUGUAUAUGAUGGCUUUCCUAAAGAUGAGACCUGCCUAACUAAUAUUGAUUCAGUUUUAAGCAGCUCAACAUGUGAUAUGGUAGAAGAAGAAUUUUGGUCUGAAUUGAAGCUAAUCUCUUGGUGUCCAGUAAUUUCUGAUCCAGUUGUGACGGGACUUCCAUGGUUAAAAUCCAAAAACCAAGUAGUAGCACCCCCCACUAGAGUGAGGCCUAAAUCACAGAUGUGGAUGGUAUCUUCCUCAAUGUUCAUUUUAGAUGGUGAAUGUAACACUACAUAUCUACAAAAUGAACUCGGGUGGAUGGGUUGCCCUAAUGUCAGUGUUUUAACAAGACAGUUAAUUGAGUUAUCUAAGUCCUAUCAGCAACUUAAGAUAAAUUCACUGCUGGAUCCUGGUUUUGAUGCUCAGUUGCAAAAGGAGAUACCUUGCCUUUACUCAAAAUUGCAGGAAUAUAUUAAUACUGAUGAUAUUAGUAACCUGAAAGCAGGUUUAGAUGGUGCUUCAUGGGUUUGGAUUGGUGAUGAUUUUGUAUCACCAAAUGCACUUGCAUUUGAUUCACCAGUAAAAUUUACGCCUUAUUUGUAUGUUGUUCCAUCUGAACUAUCAGAGUAUAAAGAUUUGUUGAUAAAGUUGGGAGUUAGAUUGAGUUUUGGUAUUUCAGACUAUAUUCAAGUAUUGCAAAGGUUGCAGAAUGAUGUGCAUGGGGUUCCUCUGUCUAUUGAUCAGUUAAAUUUUGUCCAUCGUGUCCUUGAAGCCAUAGCAGAAUGUUGCUUGGAGAAGCCACUUUUUGAGCCUUUUGAUAGUUCCUUGUUGAUUCCUAAUGAUUUUGGAGUUCUGAUGCAAGCAGGAGAUCUUGUAUAUAAUGAUGCACCUUGGCUGGAAAACAGCUCUCUUAUUGGGAGACAUUUUGUGCAUCCAGUUAUAGGCAACGAUUUGGCAGACAAGCUUGGUGUACAGUCAGUUCGGUGCCUUUCUUUAAUCAGUGAUGAUUUGACUAAAGAUCUGCCCUGCAUGGACUUCAAUAAAGUAAAUGAACUUUUGGCGCUGUAUGGAAACCAUGAGUUUUUGUUGUUUGACCUUCUUGAGUUGGCAGAUUGCUGCCAAGCCAAGAGAUUACACCUGAUCUAUGAUAAGAGGGAACAUCCUCGCCAAUCCCUGCUGCAGCACAAUUUAGGAGCCAAGGCAGUGCUAGACCAAUUUAUUGAGGGAGUUAGGUUGCUGCUUGUGACAUUGUGGCAACAAGUUCUAGUCCUAGAAACAACUUCCCUAGACAGUGAAUUCCAAGGGCCUUCCCUUCUAGCAAUCUUUGAAGGUGCCUGUUUGAGUCGAGAGGAAUUUAGUAAUUUCCAGCUCCGUCCUCCAUGGCGAUUGCGUGGCAACACAAUUAACUAUGGUUUGGGAUUGGUUUCCUGCUAUUCCAUAUGUGACCUUCUCUCAAUCAUUUCUGGUGGCUUCUUUUAUAUGUUUGAUCCUCGUGGUUUGGUACUUGGUACACCUUUGACUAAUGCCCCAUCAGCAAAGAUGUUUUCUUUGACAGGUACUGAUCUGACUCAACGAUUUUGUGAUCAAUUUAGUCCAAUGCUCAUUGAUCGAAAUGACUUAUGGUUAUUAGCUGAUUCUACCAUUAUUCGCAUGCCUAUAUCAUCUGAUUGUUUGAAGGUUGGACCUGACCUUGGAUCAAACAGCAUAAAGCAUAUUAUGGAAAUAUUUAUGGAGCAUGGAUCUAGAGCACUCCUGUUUUUGAAGUCGGUUUUACAGGUAUCCAUAUCAACAUGGGAAGAAGGACGUUCUAAUCCAAGCCAGAAUUUUUCAAUAAGCAUUGACCCAUCAUCUUCUAUUUUGAGGAAUCCAUUUUCUGAAAAGAAAUGGAGAAAGUUUCAAUUAUCAAGAAUAUUUAGCAGCUCCAAUGCGAUGAUAAAGAUGCAUGCAAUUGAUGUGAAUUUAUAUUCAGAAGGAACUACAGUCAUUGAUCGAUGGCUUGUUGUACUCAGCCUGGGUUCUGGGCAAACAAGAAAUAUGGCUCUUGAUCGGCGGUAUCUUGCAUACAACUUGACUCCUGUUGCUGGAAUAGCAGCACUUAUAUCCAGAAAUGGCCAUCAUGCCAAUUUGUACUCAAGGAGCUCAAUAAUGGCCCCUCUUCCUUUGUCUGGUUGUAUAGACAUGCCUGUCACUAUCAUAGGUUGCUUCCUCGUGUGUCACAAUAGGGGUCGUUAUCUCUUUAAAUACCAAGACAGAGGGGCUUCUUCUGAGGGACACUUUGAUGUCGGAAAUCAAUUAAUUGAAUCUUGGAACAGAGAGGUCAUGUCUUGUGUAUGUGAUUCCUAUGUUGAAAUGGUUUUGGAGAUUCAAAAGCUAAGAAGAGAUAUUCCAAGCACCUUAUUUGAUUCUAGUGCCUAUUCUGCAAUCAGUGUCUCAUUGAAGGCUUAUGGAGAUCAAAUAUACUCCUUUUGGCCACUUUCUUGUGAGAAGCAUGUACCGAGUGAUCAACAUGGUAAUCAUGACAACAACCCUCCAAGUCCAACAGUAAUUGUUCUUAAAGCUGACUGGGAAUGUCUUAAAGAUCGUGUUAUACAUCCAUUUUAUUCUCGUAUUAUUGACCUUCCAGUAUGGCAGCUGUACUCCGGAAAUUUGGUCAAGGCUGAAGAAGGCAUGUUUCUUUCCCAGCCAGGGAAUGGGCUAAUUGGUAAUUUACUUCCAGCUACAGUUUGCAGCUUUGUAAAGAAGCAUUAUCCUGUAUUUUCAGUGCCAUGGGAAUUGGUGACUGAAAUCCAAGCUGUGGGAUUUUCAGUGCGAGAAAUUAAACCUAAAAUGGUUAGGGAUCUCCUAAAAUUUUCUUCAAAACCAAUUGAGCUGCGGUCAGUUGACAUGUAUAUAGAUGUUCUCGAAUAUUGCUUGUCUGAUUUUCAGCAUGCAGAGUCAUCCAGCUCACCCAGAGAUAAUGAUCCUGCUAGUACCAAUGAUUUUUGUCAGGAAACUGAUAUCAGAAUCACUUCUUCUCAGCUGGGGAAUAAUAUCAACAGGUUCACUGGCAAGCCUACUCGGGGAGAAGCCAGUUCAGGAGAUGCAUUGGAAAUGAUGACAAGUUUAGGGAAGGCUCUAUUUGAUUUUGGUCGGGGUGUUGUUGAAGAUAUUGGUAGAUCAGGAGCACCUGGGGCUUACAAUAAUAACAUGACUUUCAUUGAUCAAAAUAGGGACCAGAAGUUCAUAUUAAUUGCUGCAGAACUCAAAGGCUUACCAUUUCCAACUGCAACUAGCCAUUUAAAAAAAUUGGGUUUUACUGAACUUUGGAUUGGGAAUAAAGAGCAACAGUCAUUAAUGGUUCCGUUGGGAGAAAAAUUUAUUCACCCUAAAAUAAUAGACAGGCCUCUCUUAGGUGGCAUUUUUUCUAAUGUUUCCCUUCAAUCACUAUUGAAACUGCAGAAUUUCUCUCUUAAUCUACUGGCCAAUCAUAUGAAACUAAUUUUCCACGAAGAUUGGGUGAGACAUGUAAUGGGAUCAAAUAUGGCUCCAUGGCUUUCUUGGGAGAAACUUCCUAGUUCUGGCAGUCAAGGGGGUCCUUCCCCUGAAUGGAUUAGAAUCUUUUGGAAAAGUUUUAGCGGCUCACCAGAGGAAUUAUCCCUUUUCUCUGAUUGGCCCCUAAUUCCUGCAUUUCUUGGUAGGCCAGUCUUGUGCCGUGUAAGAGAGCGACAUCUGGUAUUCAUUCCUCCUCAUUUGGAGCACUCAUCGGCAACCAUUGGGAUUUCAGAAAGAGAAUCUGCUGAAAGUUAUGUGACUGGGGUUAGGGUAUCAGGGGAUAAUACUUCUGAAACUGAGUUAGCUGAGUCCUACAUUUCAGCUUUUGAAAGAUUCAAAACCAGUUAUCCCUGGUUGUUGUCAAUGUUAAACCAGUGCAACAUACCCAUAUUUGAUGAGGCAUUUAUAGAUUGUGCUGCUUCAAGCAAUUGUUUUUCCAUGUCUGGUCAAUCACUUGGUCAUGUUAUUGCAUCCAAACUUGUGGCAGCUAAGCAAGCUGGAUAUUUCACUGAACCUACUAAUCUCUCAACAUCAAAUUGUGAUGCACUUUUUUCACUUUUUUCUGAUGAAUUCUUCUCCAAUGAUUUUCAAUAUGCUCGCGAAGAAAUUGAAGCUUUGCGUUCUCUCCCAAUAUAUAAAACAGUUGUUGGUUCUUAUACUAAGUUGCAAGGUCAAGAUCAGUGCAUGAUCCCUUCAAAAUCAUUUUUAAAACCGUAUGAUGAACAUUGUCUUUCUUGUGCCACUGAUUCAAACGAAAGUUCAUUUCUUCGGGCACUUGGAGUACAGGAGUUGCAUAAUCAACAGAUCUUAGUACGCUUUGGCUUGCCUGGCUUUGAGGGUAAAUCUCAGAAUGAGCAGGAGGGAAUAUUAAUAUAUGUUUUUAAAAAUUGGCACGAUCUUCAAUCAGAUCAAGUGGUGGUUGAUGCUUUGAAAGAAACUAAAUUUGUUAGAAAUUCUGAUGAGUUUUCAACAGAUCUGUUGAAGCCCAAGGAUUUAUUUGAUCCUGGUGAUGCUAUCUUAAUAUCUAUAUUCUUUGGUGAGAGAAGAAAAUUUCCUGGAGAGAGGUUCAGUACAGAUGGGUGGCUUCGAAUACUAAGGAAAAUUGGGCUUCGAACUGCUACAGAGGUAGAGGUAAUAAUUGAAUGUGCCAAAAGAGUCGAGUUUCUAGGAAUUGAGUGCAUGAAAUCAGGUGAUGUGGAUGAUUUUGAGACUGACUUAAUCCACACUAAUUCUGAAGUUUCACCAGAGGUGUGGGCAUUGGGAGGAUCUGUAGUUGAGUUUGUUUUCUCCAACUUUGCCCUUUUCUUUAGCAACAACUUCUGUGAUCUUCUUGGCAAGAUUGCAUGUGUCCCUGCUGAACUGGGGUUUCCUAGUGUUGGUUGCAAGAGGGUGCUUGCUUCAUAUAAUGAAGCUAUUUUGUCUAAAGAUUGGCCUCUAGCUUGGAGUUGUGCUCCCAUUCUAUCUAAACAACACACAGUUCCUCCAGAGUACUCAUGGGGACCUCUGCAUCUACAAAGUCCUCCUGCUUUCUGUACAGUUUUGAAGCACCUACAAGUAAUUGGGACAAAUGGAGGGGAAGAUACUCUGGCUCAUUGGCCCAUUGCUUCAGGAAUGAACAUUGAGGAAUGUACCUGCGAGAUUUUGAAAUAUUUAGACAAAAUUUGGGGUUCACUUUCUUCCUCAGAUGUGGCAGAGCUACGCAAAGUGGCCUUUCUUCCUGUUGCAAAUGGAACACGCCUUGUGUCUGCCGAUGCUCUUUUUGCUCGUUUAAUAAUUAAUUUGUCUCCAUUUGCUUUUGAGCUUCCUACUGUAUAUCUCCCAUUUGUAAAAAUUCUUAAAGAUUUGGGACUUCAGGAUAUGUUAACACUUUCUGCUGCAAAGGGUCUUCUAUUCCAUCUUCAGAAAUCUUGUGGAUAUCAGCGACUGAAUCCCAAUGAGCUGCGUGCAGUGAUGGAAAUUUUGAAUUUCAUUUGUGAUCAGAUUGUGGAGGGGAACACAUUAGAUGGGUCAAACUGGACAUCAGAAGCCAUAGUUCCUGAUGAUGGCUGCAGACUUGUUCAUUCAGGAUCCUGUGUCUAUGUUGAUUCUUAUGGUUCUCGAUACGUCAAAUGUAUUGAUACUUCCAGAAUUAGAUUUGUUCAUGCAGAUCUUCCUGAGAGAGUCUGUAUUACGCUUGGCAUCAAAAAAUUGUCUGACAUUGUCAUAGAGGAACUAGAUGAGAAUCACGCACUACAGACUUUGGAUUCCCUUAGAUCUGUUUUACUAGUGACCAUCAAACAGAAGUUAUCAAGCAAGUCUCUUCAAACUGCUGUCUGGACCAUUGUAAAGAGCAUGAGCUGCUACAUUCCUGCAUUCAAUAGUUUUUCACUGGAUACAAUAAAAUGCUUAUUGAACUCUACUGCAAAAAUGAUGCAAUUUGUAAAGUGUCUCAAAACAAAAUUUCUGCUAAUGCCCAAUUUAGUAGAUGUUACACGUGCAGGCAAAGAUUUCACCAUCCCAGAGUGGAAGAAUGAUUCUGCACAUCAAACUCUUUAUUUUUUGAACCAAUCGAGAUCCUGUAUUCUAGUUGCUGAGCCACCAACUUAUAUUUCCCUUUUUGAUCUCAUUGCUAUUAUAGUCAGUCAGGUAUUAGGCUCUCCAAUCAUAUUGCCCAUUGGGUCCUUAUUUGGUUGUCCUGAAGGAUCUGAGAUUGCAGUUGUUAAUGUUUUGAAACUCUGCUCUGAUAAGAAAGAAGUUGAACCCAUAAAUGGGAGCAGCAAUAUGGUUGGGAAGGAAAUUUUGGCACAAGAUGCACGUCUUGUGCAGUUCCAUCCAUUAAGGCCCUUUUAUUCUGGUGAAAUAGUAGCUUGGCGAUCUCAACAUGGUGAAAAGCUGAAAUAUGGGAGGGUUUGUGAAGAUGUAAGACCAUCUGCAGGUCAAGGUCUGUACAGAAUUAAAAUUGAAGUGGCACCUGGGGAUACGCAAUUUUUCCUUUCAUCACAAGUGUUUUCAUUUAAAAGUGUAUCAGCAAGCAGUCCUCUAAAUGAAACACUGGUGCAUGAUAGCCCUUUAUUAGGAAGUGACAUGACCCGUGUUGAUUUCGCGGAGAGCUCAGAAAGGAGUGAAAGCUAUUCUCAGGCAAAGCCUGUGAGAGAGCAGUCUGGCAAGGUUUCAGCUGCAGAACUCGUCCAGGCUGUAAAUGAAAUCCUCUCGGCUGCUGGGAUCAAAAUGGACGUGGAGAAGCAGGCGCUACUUCAAAGAACAAUAAAUUUGCAAGAAAAUCUAAAGGAGUCUCAAGCAGCUCUUGUUUUGGAGCAGGAAAAGGUUGAAAAGGCAACAAAAGAAGCUGAUACAGCAAAAGCAGCAUGGAUUUGUCGGGUUUGUCUGAGUUCUGAGGUUGAUAUAACGAUAGUUCCUUGUGGUCAUGUAUUGUGUCGUAGAUGUUCUUCUGCAGUGUCAAGGUGUCCGUUUUGCCGGCUUCAGGUUACAAAAGCUAUCAGAAUUUUUCGUCCAUAA